AGUGAACAUUUCAUUACUAACUUUUUAGCAGUGGCUGUGAACUGCUUGAUGAAAUGUGUAUCAAACAAUCAAUGCCAUUUCAAAUUUCUUUAUUCUAUGAUGGACAAAGAAAACAUAAAAAAUUUGAACUGGUGUCAGUUUGUAUAUGACUAACUUAUCAAAUGUCAUGUUGAUUGGAGAAAGCAGCAAGGCAAGGGGUUCUACAAAGGCCCUCUUCAAUUUCUGAUGUUGUUCUAUUUUGAUAGAGUUCAGAGGUUAGACAAAAGGCCUCCAAGAACAAUUCCUAUCAUAUCUGCAUGGAAUAGAGACAUGGUUCUUGAGAGGUUGAAGAUUGAAUUAGAAUUGGGAUUUGGGAGAGGGAAAAUUCUACCAAGGAUUGCUGCAGAAGUUGAAGAAAGUCCUAAGGUUUUUAUGGAUGAUUUUGUUUCCCUGGUAAAAACAACUUGUUCAAACCUGUCAAAGCUUUCUUCAAAAUUGGUGAAGGCAAAGGAUUUCUUCCCUGGAAAUGACUUGGUGAAAAAAGUUGAUGAAGUUUUAGGAAAGGUGGCAGCUAGGGAACCAUCAAUUCUAAGCCAAGAUGAAGAAUUCUUUGGCAGUUAGGAUUUCCUAAAUGCACUUGCACAAGCUGAGAAGAAUCUGAUGCAAGGGUCUGAAAAGCAAACAAUUGAGAAGCAAAUUACUGGGAAGAAAUUAACCAAAAAGGGAAAGGAAAAAGAACAAGAAUAUGACAUCAGAAAAGCUUUCAGCUUGGGGUUGACUCCACCUUCUCCAGCCAUUGGUAAAUUCUAACUAAAAGAGACUAUAUAUCCUAAUUUUUAUAUGAAAAAUUCUAAAUUUGUGGUCUAAAUUGUCCUAAACAGAAACAGGGCCCACCUCUUCAACACUUGGUGAUA